AAGCCCCGCCCCUCGGGCUCCAGCCCGCCCGCCCGCGGCGUGGCCGUAUCCCAGGUGACCGCUGUGGGAUGCUCACUGAGGUGACACCAUGUUGUCGGUGCCCGAGUUUUAUUCCAGGAGGAAGCAGUUCGACGGGCAAUCCUCCACCCGGCUGGACCAAUGUGGAUUACGAUUAGGAAUGUGGUACUGGAAAGAUGAAACCAAAACUCUGGAAUUUAGAAGCUUCACCCCUGCAGUAGAGCUCAAGGAGAAGGGCAAGAAGGGGAAGGCCGUUCACUUCGCCGAGAUGGACGGGGCGGCUUCAGAAAGGUUGACAGAUAAAAGGCUUACCUCAAGGGACGAAAAGUCGGUGAAAGCCCUGGAGAAACGCUACCAGCAUGGCAACGUCACGCUGGACGACGUCAAGUUUGUCGCGCUGCUUUCGCUCCAGGACACUGAAAUGCAGCGGGUCUGCUCUUUCACGACGUUCAUGAGAAAUAAGAGUCUUGACAACUUCCUUAUGGCACUUUUAUACUAUCUGUCUUAUUAUGUGGAGAAAAUCUCAAUGGAAAAGAAACCCCAAAGCUACAUGGUAGGCCUGGUAGAGAAAAAAGAGAUAGAGCUGGUUAUGAGCAAGUUAGAAGACGCACAGAAGAACCUGGCCCAAAAGUACUGCUUCCUCGUGCUGGGCGUGGGCAUGGCGGACAAGCAUCACAUGAACUGUGGAAAGUACGCAUGCGCUUCAGCUGCCCUUAGGGAGAAAAUAUCAGACACGCAAAAAGACUGGAAAUUCUUUGAGUCCCUUUAUACUUUCUGUACAUACGUAGCCUGGAUUGUCUUCCGACGUCAGUAUUUGACAGAGAUCGAGGAAGAAGUAGGAAGACUUUUUCGUACCAAUAUGUUCAACAUCCCUCGAAGGAAGCGUGAGGAUGAAGAAUCAGGAGGAGAGAAGAAGCGCAUGACAUUGGUACAAUUUCGGAAAAUGAUGGCGAAACGUCCAGCAAUUAAAAAGGCUGUGGACAUGCGCUCCCCAGUUUUGUCUACACUGCUGCCCUCUCUCAGAGAAAAAGCUCAAAACAUCGUUGAAAAAAAGUACGCGGCAGGCAUCAAGCUGCUGCCCCGAAUGCAGAAGGAUACAGCGAGUCAGGACUCGGUGACCAUACCGGUAGUUGGCAUCCUGGGGGAGCCUCGACAUCUCUUCAACCCUCGUACUCUCCUCCCGCUUGAACCGGAAGAAAAUGGGAAACCGAGUGGCAGAAAUUCUUCCGUAAUAGAGAGAAAUAACUCAAGGACUCAAGACACACUAGAUUUGGUCAUGACAACACUCUCUUCGCAAAACUCCUACCCCAAAUAAUCCAGUUUGUUCCAGUCUUUGUCCAGGUUCCUGUAUUUGAAGUAAACAAUUUUGCCUUAACACUUUAUAUAGGAUUAAACUUGAUUGUCAUCUAAUAGCUGCUUAAAAUGUUCAAGAUUU